GGGGAGGGGCAGGGAGCGGCCAGCACAGCGCCGCGCCGCGCCGCAGGGGCCGUCCGGGGGCUGCCGCCGGCGAGCGGGGAGCGCGGGGCCGCUGUGGAGGUGCGGGAGUGGCCUCGCUCCCUGCGGGGCUGCGGAGAGCCGCAGGGAAGCUGCUGCCCGUGCAGCCCCGGUUCUUGAAUUCACAUCCCGUCUGGAGGCAGGCCGUGGUGUCCCCAAGGGGAACCGGCGGUCCGCGGAUUUUUGUCCCAGAGAAGAUGGCUGUGAACGGGCUAUGCGAAUGUACUGAUCAAGGACAAAUUGUCCGGCUUGUCACAGUGAUCCCUGUUGCCCCAAGUAACACCUCAAGUCUGGGCAAGCACGUGAAACAGGUCUCUCAGACCCUGAGUGUAUGGGCACCUGCACAGACAGCAGGGAAGAAGGAGGAGCAGGGUAGUAUGAUAAAAAUGCUGUAAUCGGUUAAUUUGCUCAUCCGUGUCUGACAGUGCUCUCACCAGGAACUUGUGGGGAUACAGCCCUGCCUCACACCGCAAUAUCUUGUGUUUUAUUUGUUUAGGUUUUCUGAGGAAACUAUGCUGAUCAGACUGUGCUUGCUCACUCCCUCUCCAUCAGUACCAUCACAGCUCAGUCUGCCAACCAGAGUGGUUGAAGAAGAGGAUUUUACUGUAUAUAGAUCUUUCUUCUUGGAGUCACUAGCUCACAUGGACUUCAGAAGGGGAAGUUUUGCCUUCUUCAUCACUCAUCUAAAGAGGGAUCUGCCCAGCCUAAAAAAGUUUUCUUGGUGUAUUUAUAUUGGAUGUAAACUGGCAGAAGUAUGAAUACAGCUUCAGCAGUGCUUGAAAUGAAAACAAUUUGUGGAGAAGGAAGAGAUUUUCUUUGCUGUUACACAUUCUUGAAUUGCACUUCAGUGAUCAGCAACAGAUACAGUGAACAUGAUGUCGAAGUGCUCAGGAAUUGAUAAGACUUUGUGCACCAACACACAACUUCCAGCACCAGCCUGCUGGGUCAAAAUGGGGAUUAGCAAAGUCAUCUUUCUCCCUUGAGCAUUUCUGUUCUCUGAGCACCAAGCUUAAGAAGUCAAGCUGCAAUCAAGCUUACGUGAUAAUUGUUGGUGGCUGGGACAGUGCUAUAUAUGUACACACUGUUAUCCAGGUGCAAGGAAACAUCUUAGACAGCUAUAAAAAAACAGGAAGAGCUUGGAUAAAUGCACAUCAACAGUUUUGUAAGGCAAAUACUGCAGAAGAAUGUAAAGCACAAUCUGAAGUUGAAAUUCAAGUUUUCCUGCAGCUUUACAUCUGAAAAUUUCCCUCAUGUGGGGUUAGAAGAAAACUACUGCAGGAAUCCUAAUGGAAAUGAAAAUGGACCCUGGUGUUUCACAACAGAUCCUGCUACUAGAUUAGAUUACUGUAGCAUCUCAGAAUGUGAAGUGGAGUGCAUGCAGUGUAAUGGUGAAGACUACCAUGGAAAAGUCUCCAGAAUAGAGUCUGGGAUUGAGUGCCAGCACUGGGAUGCCCAAGAGCCUCAUAUGCAUGGAUAUACCUUGGAAAAUUUUCCAGAGAAGGAUCUGAAGAUGAAUUUUUGCCAUAAUCCUGAUGGUGAACUUCAGCCUUGGUGUUUCACUACCAGUCCCACUAAACUUUGGGAAUAUUGUGACGUUUCUUGCUGCAGGGUUUUGCUAAAAAUUAUUGUAGGAACGCAGAUGGUAAGAAGAGGCCCUGGUGCUAUACCAACAGCAACACAACACAAUGGCAGUAUUGUAGCAUUCCUCAGUGUCCACAGACAGCAUCACAAAUCACUGGUGAUGAUAUGCCAAGGCAGUCUGCAAGUCCAGAGGAAUGCUAUCAAGAGAGAGGCUUGGAUUACCAUGGAACAGCUUCUUUUACUACCAUGGGAAAGAAAUGCCAAGCUUGGAAUUCAAUGCUGCCACAUCGUCACAAUAGAACGGGAUCUGAGAGAGAACUAUUGCCAAAACCUGGAUAAUGACAUAUCCCCUUGGUGUUACACUACUGUUCCUACUGUGAGAUGGGAAUAUUGUAAUCUGCAAAAGUGUGACUAUGGAGGACACCUUGUUUCACCUGAACUGCCUUAUUCAACAUUAGAACCAGGCACUGAUAUGACUGUUUUGGACAUGACAGAGUGUAUUACUGGCGGUGGUAAAAGAUUAUCAUGGUGCAGUCAAGAAAACUAGAAGCAGCAGGACUUGUCAAGAGUGGAGUUCUCAGGAGCCUCAUCACCACACUUAUCUCACUCCAGAGACUCAUCCAAGAUCAGACCUGGAUAAAAAUUCCUGCAGUGAUUGUUGACCAAGUUAUACCUGUGUGUUUACCUGAAGGAAGUCUGAUGGUAGGAAGUGGAACAGAAUGCUUUGCUACUGGCUGGGGAGAAAU